AGGGUCUCAGGGGCGUUGAACACUGAUUGCGCGCACAUCUCCCCAGAUGUCGCUCCUCCCCCGGGCAGGUCCCGCCCUGCGGUUACCGCGCACCGGGGAAAAAGUCUCGUCGGGGAAGAGCAGCGGGACAGAGAGUGGAAGACAGAGAGGGACAGAAACACCGGGACUGAAACACCAUCCUGCCUCCGUGUUAUAUGGGUGUCUUCAGCCGUCACACGCCUACACGUCAUCUCUGAGUCGGGAGUCUGUCUCCUCGGUGGCCGGAUGGACAAACUGAGAAGGAAGUUCCUUCUCAUCUUCUUUACUGGUUUCAUCGUCGUCUUGUUCCUCACUGUGAAAACACCCACAACCUACAGGUCCAUCCCAAAGCCUCGCGGGCCUUCGGCCGAAUGCCCCCCGUGGAUCUCUGAGGACAGCAUCACCCCGCUCAAUGGCACCAAGCACUUGCUGGUGUCGGCCUACAUGGACCAGAGAGUGAAAGGCUUUGACAUACGCAUCAUUGGCAUGUUUAAGAGAGACUCCAUCCAGCCUCUUCACUGUCUUUUCUGCUGUGCAGGCUGGUUAUCAACUACAACUCCAGCAACAAUUUCACAACACUCGGACAACUUUGGUUUUCCCUUCGUCACCACGGACGUCAUGUGUCCGAUUCCUGAAAACUGCACCGCCACACACGUCAGUCUCCUGACUAAACCAGACAGGGUGGGGGUAUUCAACCAACCGUGGCUUCCGAUAAGAAACAAGAAAGAGGAGAACAAGCUGCAGUUUGACUUCACAGUCUGCGUGUCCAACCUGUUUGGAGACUACAACAACGUGCUUCAGUUUGCACAAACACUGGAGAUGUACAGACUGCUUGGUGUGAACAGGGUGGUUAUCUAUAAAACCAGCUGUGGCCCAGACCUGGACCGCCUGCUGCAGAGCUACAGUCAGGAGGGCUUCGUGGAGAUAGUUCCUUGGCCCAUCGACCAGCACCUGAAUCCGUCUCGUGGCUGGCUGUUCUCCGAGCACGGAGGGGACGUGCACUACUUCGGCCAGCUGACCACGCUCAACGAGUGCGUGUACAGAUCCAUGCACCGGUCCCGCUACGUCCUGCUGAACGACAUAGAUGAGAUCGUAAUGCCGUACCAACACGACAACCUGCAGGCUCUGAUGGACGUGCUCCAAAAGCAGCAUCCAGAUACAGGGGUGUUCCUUAUCGAGAACCACAUCUUCCCCAAGACACAUUUUGAGCCAAGUGGGAGGUUUCACCUGCGUCAGUGGAACAAGGUGGCAGGAGUUAAUAUUCUGGAGCACAUCUACAGGGAGGAGCCCGCCAGGAAUAUAUACCACCCUUACAAACUGAUAGUUCAGCCAAGGAUGGUGGAGCAGACGUCAGUGCAUGAAGUGCUCAAGAACUCUGGACCGUGGUUCAAGGUUCCGCCGGAUGUUUGCCGACUCAUUCAUGUCCGUGUCGCUCUGCGCGGGUCGUUAAAGCUGGAGGAGCUAAAUGUGGACAAACGACUGUGGACCUUCAGUGCAAAACUGAUUCCCAACGUGGACAAACAACUGAAGAAAGUGGGGCUGCUCACCUCAGAGGGGGGAGAGCUGACGGACGGGGGGGACAAACGCUCGGACGGACAGGUUGAACAGGUUUAAUCCACCAAUGGGUGUGGACACUCACUAGGUGUUCAUCUCUGAAGAACAUCCUGUCUAAAUGUGGAGAGGUACUGUGAUCGUCAUUGCCAUUUUUUAUUUGUUUUCUGAUGACUAUCAUGCCGUCAGCGAAUGCCAUAAUGUUGGCUCUUAUCUGUUUACUCUUGUUAUUUGAUGUGUCAAACCAUGCCGUCCAUUAACAGGGAGGAGAAACCAGUCGGACCACUAUCAAAUAUAAACCACUUCAUUGUUACAGAACAGGACAAACACGGUGCCGUAGUUGGUGAAAAGACCCACAAUUAAAUGAUUUAAACUGCGGUUUUGUCAACCCCAUAAUCUUUGGAUUCCUCCCAAAAGACUCGGCUUGUUCCUUUUAUCAGAGAACCAGAUUAUCUAGUUCUUAAUAUUUUAUACUGAUGGUUAACCAUCAGAGUUUAAUGGCUCCCCAUUCAAACGAUCUAUAAAGCAUGGUAAAAGUGCACAUAAUCAGAGUGCAGUUGAUUCUAUAUAGGACACAGCAACAGCGCAACAGUCCCAUCAUGUUGACACGGUUAGCUUGUGAGCCUGAUGAAGUCCAAUAGUCAAAACUUUUAGCUCUAUUUUUGUUCUCCACAUACUCCAGAGGGGAGAAUCUGCCUCUUCAGUUGCUUAAUAUACCUUUUUAUGUUCACCAGCCACCAUACCAAAGGGUAUUCAUAGCUCAUGAUGUGCACAAGCGAGCCCAGGGUUUGCAUUCAACACUUCAGUGUAUUUAAAACAAUGCAACAUAGCUUUGACUGUGGCGUUUAUACUGCCGGCUCAUUGUGACACGAUACAAAACUCAUAUAUCCAACCUAAAUAAAUAAUUUCUCCUUUGCAGAAUGAACACCUGCUUUCCACUGAGAAAUUCAAACAUCAGUAGGAACAUUAUGCAAACACAAAAGAAUAUUGAAUAUGUUACAAGUAUUCACCCUCCUUUUCUUUUCAUGGCUGCUUCUGGGGAAGAAAGCGCUUCAUUAAACAUUGAUCUCAGUCACAGAACAAAGACAAAGCAUACUGGACUGAACGACACGGUGGAGGAGGACGGGGAUAACUUUAAUGCAGUUUUCCUUUUCUUUGGUUUUGUUUGAUGAUGGGCAGUAGAGGAAGAGGAGCCCUCACAAGAAAACCCUCAACUAACUAUUUUUAUGUAUUUUCUGAAACAUUUCCUUUACAGAAAGUGGAGGUGGUUGAGUGUUUUUGUUUUUGUGUUUUUUUUCAGGACCAGGUUUACCAAAACACAGAUUAGAUAACCUGAUGGGAUCUUGGCGAGUCCCAAAGCAUAAUAGUUUUUAGCUCUUUUAAAGGGUAAGUAAGCAAAGUGUGUCGUAUGCCAAACUGCCUCCAGUGAUGUCUCCUCCAGAGUGGCUAAGUUGCAUUUUGGGUAAUGUAGGCGGCAAUAAAACCAUGCGCAUAAAGUAAAACAUGUCUUGUGUUAUAUUCAUUUGCAGCCCCGGUUUGUGCCUUUUCGUGUGUUACCAUUACAUCCAGAUAAAUAAGAGAAAGACUGAACAUUAAAUGCUGUUUUUAACUUAUUUCCUCUUAUAUAUCAUUAUUUCACAAUCAAAAUAAUAAGUUUGAAAUAUUGGAAGCAAACAUAUUUUAUAUGACAAUAUAUCUGUAAUAUUAAAUCAUUGUUUACAGUGUAAGUCUUGAGCAAGGAGGUCGGUCAUUUCCAGUCUGUGGUUGGAUAAGGGGGGGAAGAAGGAGAUGAGAGAUGACGUCAUACUCUUUUCCUGUAAUCUUCAAGAUCACAAGUGCAAAUUGGCAAAAGGUUGUAAACGCGCUCCAGAGGGAGGUGUGUGAAAUCUGAUGUAUUGCCUGAGAUGGUGUAACUUGAGUCAGCAUCAGGUGGAGGUGAAGACAAAAAAGAUUUGAUGGCUUUUCAAACCCACAUCGUUAACACAGUUGCACCGAAGCCCAGGGCUGCACGGUUCACACUGUGUUUUUACCAGCCUCUGGUUUAAUAUCUGUCGGAAGACACGACUGUUUAUGUUCUAGUGUGAUCAGUGACCACUGUUUACUUUAGUACAGAUGAUUUUCAAGGGAUAACUUGGAGCCAACCCUGUUUCAGAGCAGGGCCUGUAUGCACCUCGGUUAGAGUUGGGUUUUCCCACAGUAUGCCAGGACUGUGCCAAUGUAAGGCUUUUCACACUGCACCCAGCCCAGCUGUUAGCUCCAGGCUAGAAAGUGUUAGCAUUAGCAUAACUCAGGCACAGUGGAUUAACUUAUUUACUCAUAUCAAUUAAAUUAAUCAAUGCAGUUAUACUGAACCUUACAGGAGUACAUAAACAAAACAUAUCUGGCUGAGGAAACUUUAUUUUACAUAAUGAUUGGAGUAAAAAGGCACCUAGCAAUGUAAAAACAUCGAAUUUGUGUGGUGGAUAUUUUUAUUUAUAUAGAACGAUGUUUUGUAUGAAUGCAAAGACAUGGAAGACAUUUAUUUAACACUUUUUCAAAUCUCAAUGCUACUUUGCACCUCAUGUAAAUACUGUAAAUAUCUUAGUCUAAUUUACGCUGUCGGACUUGUUCUGUGUUCGUAUACUUAACAGCUGACUUGUUUUGUGUCUGUGUACAACUACUCCACAUGCCUUAAAUUGCAAGUAAAGUAUCUUGAAUUGAAAUAAAAUAUGUUCAUUAUCUUGUUAAUCCCUCAUUUAUUCAUGCAUUAAAAAGGAAACAACGUCUUCUCUUAGGAGUGUGUGUCUGACAAUGGUGUGUACAAAAGGAGAAUGUUUUCACCAUCGGUUGUUCUUUUCAGCUUAAACAAAGCCUGAAAUGCUCUCACACACAAUGACAUAUCGCACCACACAUAUUGGACUCGGACACAUUUAAAAAAGCAUCAUCAUUUGGAAACUAUUUAUUGAACAUUUGCAACCAGAUAUCAGUUAAAUACAGAACUUUCAAUUCUCUCUCUACAUCCCCCAACAGCAGGGACUGGCUCCACUUCAUUACACUGAGAGGAGGGAAUGUUACAGGACUUGGUAAGGCGCACACUGUGCUGGAAGUCAUUUGGCUUUCUGUCUUCUGAUAAUAAAGAGAAAUGAAAUCUGGGUCUGCCUUUCAAAUGUCCAACACUGCUUCCCCUCCUCGCAGCUAGAUCCUGCGCGUACAGACCAUGGCAAAAAAAAAAAAAAAAA